AUGGCCUUCCAGCCUAACGUGGUGACAUCUCAGUCUCAAGUUACCGUCAAACAGUACAGCGUGUCUUCUGGAGUAUCCGACUGGAGCACAAACGUGUGCGGCUGUUGUGAUGAUUGCGGCAUUUGUUUGUGUGGAACAUUCGUGCCGUGCAUUCUGGGCUGUAAGGUGGCUCAGGACAACGGGGAAAACUGCUGCCUGCCAUUCCUCCCUGGAGCACUGAUCGCUUUAAGGACCAGCAUGCGUAGCAAAUACCGCAUUGAAGGCUCAGUGUGUUGCGACUGGAUGGUUAUGGCGUGCGUGCCCCAGUGUGGAUUGUGUCAAAUGGCACGGGAGCAACGGAUGCGAGAAUAAGAGGAGCACAGGUUAUUGACUUUAACAUAAAAAUGAAUUCAAUGUGGAUUUUUAUUUUGUUUUUCCUUUAUUGGAUAUUGUUUCAUCAUAUUCUGUUAUUAAAACUGUAAACCAAACUGUGCUUAAAAUCCAUUCACACAUUUGAUCAUAGUAUUUGAUCAUAUCAUAUUUUGAUCAAAAAUGUCAGCUAUAAGAAUCAAUCUUUUGAAAAUACUUCAGCCUUAAAUAUACAUAAUUAUUGCUCAGAUCUUUUGAGUUUUUAAAAAGGCCAUUUAAAAAGGCCAAUUUGUUUAC